AAAGGAUGUUGUAAAUAUUGCAAUGUUACUAUAGAAGCAAUGACUCUGUGCAGUCCACAACCGAUGCCUCUCAAAAAAACUGUAGGAAUGAUCGAAGUAUCACGUGAAGGUCGCAAAUGUGUGAACAAACACGCGCUAAACGAUUUUACCGAAUGUAUCGGAACGUGUCAUUCCUCCACAUACUUUAACAUCAAGACAGGUCUGCACGAAUCAGUAUGUUCCUGUUGCCAAGCAACGGACUAUCAGUCGUUAGAAAUAGAAUUAGACUGCGACGAUGGUUCGAAGUUCAAGAAAAAAGUAGCCGUUCCGUCAAAAUGCAGUUGUGUAGCUUGUGGAGAAAAAUCUCCUUAUACACCUCAGUAAGACAUACCUAUCGCUCUAUAUACUACUAAGUUCCAAGUGAUAUUAACCGUAAGUUGUAUAUAACUGUAUAUUUUCUUUGUUAUAUAACUGUAUGCAUAAAGUCAAAUAUAUUUUGCUAAC